CUAACAUUUGCCUUAAAUACUCCAAAUGAUAUUUUUUAUUUAAAAAUAACCGAUCAUUUUUGCUAUAAAGCAGUGUUUUGCAAAAUCUAUAUCAACUUCUAAAGCUACAAAAAAAUGCGUAUGCCAAAAAACCGCGGACCAGCCCGCCCUCAAGCCGAAGAGACGCUCGACGCAGCGCGUCUAGAGCUGGGCGAUGAUUUCCAAGAGGCCGAGUGUCUCCUUAUAUCUGAGGUCCGAGUACUCCUGGAGGCGCAGUACGACGCCAAAAAAGAAGACAAGAACCUCAAGGAGGUGUACACAAAGACGCUCGAGUACGUGCAAAAGUUUAGCCGCUACACCAACCGCGACACCAUCAAGGAGGUCAGAGCCCUGCUGAAGCCCACGGAAUUGGAAGCGUUUGAGUGUGCUCAGUUAGGAAACCUGUGCUGCAGCGAGUGGGAGGAGGCCAAGUCCCUGGUGCCCAGCAUUGGAAGCAAGAUUUCAGAUGACGACCUAGACUCGUUGCUCAAGCAGAUGGACAGCUUGAAGAAGUACCAGGGUUAGAUCUGAUCCGCCCGUGAUUUGAUUUUUUAUUAAUAAUGAGAGGCAGAUCGAUUUC